UGUGGAUUUUUUUUUUCCACUUCUCCCUUGUCAAUUUGAGCGGCAGCGGCUACUACGGAAGGGCCAGUAAGCAAUUGUUAAUGGAGUCGGUGUCGAGUUUGUUAUCAGCACCACCUCCUUCUGCUUCUGCUUCUCUCAGGUUCUAUUCUCCUAAGCUCUGUACAGUUGCGUUCUCUGCAUCAUUUGCUUCUGUCUCGUCCCCACAGAGAAAACCACCCAAACCGCGAAAACGCUCUGCCGAAAUUAUCAAAACCGAGUCUCCAACAACAACAACCACCAGUUCAGAUGCAGCCGCCACCUCCUCCUCCACCUCCAUUCCUCCCAAGAAGGUUCUUGUUCCAAUUGGGUUUGGCACAGAAGAAAUGGAAGCUGUUAUUAUGGUUGAUGUUCUGCGGCGUUCAGGUGCACAAGUGACUGUGGCAUCAGUGGAGCCACAGCUUGAGGUUGAAGCUUCAGGUGGCACUAGACUUGUUGCUGAUACCUUUAUCUCCACCUGCUCUGAUCAGGUUUUCGAUCUUGUGGCAUUGCCGGGUGGAAUGCCUGGCUCAGUGCGAUUAAGAGAAUGUGAAAUCCUCAAACAAAUUACUAGCAGACAGGCUGAGGAGAAGAGACUAUAUGGAGCAAUAUGUGCUGCUCCAGCUGUCACGCUUCUGCCAUGGGGCCUCUCAAGAAAAAAGCAGAUAACAUGUCACCCUGCAUUCAUGGACAAACUCCCAACUUUCUGGGCUGUGAAAUCAAAUAUUCAAGUUUCAGGGGAGCUCACAACAAGCCGUGGACCUGGAACUUCUUUUGAAUUUGCUUUAUCUUUAGUAGAGCAGCUUUUUGGCGAGAGUGUUGCCAGCAAGAUUGGAGAAUCGCUAAUGUUGCACAGAGCUGAUAAUAGAAAGAAAGAGUUCAACAGUGUUGAAUGGUCUGUUAAUCACACCCCUCAAGUUCUCAUUCCUGUUGCGAAUGGUUCAGAGGAGUCGGAAGUAGUAACUAUUGCAGAUAUUUUGCGCCGUGCAAAGGUGGAAGUUACAGUUGUUUCAGUUGAAAGAUCUUUACCUAUCUUGGCAUCUCAAGGCACAAGAAUUAUUGCUGACAAAUUAAUUGGUGAUGCUGCGGGCUCAAUAUAUGAUAUAAUUAUUCUUCCGGGAGGAGUUGCAGGGGCCGAAAGACUGCAGAAAUCCAGGAUUCUAAAAAAACUGCUUAGAGAACAGAAUACUGCUGGAAGAAUCUAUGGAGCAGUGUGCUCUUCGCCAGUGGUGUUGGAUAAACAGGGUUUGCUGAAGGAUAAACGAGCCACUGCUCAUCCUUCUGUCGUAAGCAAACUAACCAAUGAAGUUAUAAAUGAUGCCAGAGUAGUCAUCGACGGAAAACUAAUCACGGGCCGAGGAUUUGGUACCGUCACUGAUUUUGCGAUGGCCAUUGUAACCAAGCUUUUUGGUCUGGCAAGGGCAAGGAGUGUUGCUGAAGGCCUUGUUUUCGAGUUACCCAGAAGUUAAGAAGUCUAAUAUAGAGUCCCUGUGGAUGAAAGCAAUCUUAAACGACGAAGACAAGAUUCUCCCGUCCGACUUGCAUCAGUCAGUAAACUGGAAAUUUUCCUAUGAAGAGGUCUGAGGAAUAGAAAAGCUUCCUAUCUCCUAUGGGAACAAUGCCAAAUGUGCUCCGCUUCAAGAGCCAAUAAAGUUCAUGCCAUUGCUGAUUGUCAUAUUGCAUUUCCCUCCUUUUGAAGUUAAGAUAAGAGGAUGGCAUUGGCUCUGUGAAAGGUCCGAGAUUAAUGUUGUAUUUCUGUGGACAUUUUCAUUGGGAGAAAAUUGUAUGAUCUUGAACAUAAAGAUGCCUUCCAACUAUAGGGAGGAGUACUCAUUUAAUUUGCAAAAAUGAUGAAUGAUUUUCAUUUCCCUAUU